UUUUCCACAGCAACGAGGAGUAGAAGAUCCACUGUUCUCAGUGCUCUGCAAACAAAAGUUUAAAUGGCAAUAAAUGAUAUUUUCAACUAGUUGAAGGCUUGGAGCACAGCUGCUCUGACCCCGUUGACCGGUGAUUGAAUAUUAAAGCGGAUUUAGCGGAAUCAGCGAAUAAUGAGUACCGCGUUGUGGAAGCAACUCCUGUAAAUUCUUCUUGUGCAGAUGUGCGCAUGCACGAUGUAUGCAUGUAUGCACGAUUGCACGUAUUUAUAAACAACGAGUAGUUACAUGUCUGGAUUGUUUUAUUUUCACUUUUGGGCUGUUGCCAGAAACGACAAGUUUCAUUCAAUCCCGUUCCUUCAGGGAAAUGGAUAAAGAUUCUACAUCUUUGUGUGAAAUAACUAGUUAUUUCGACUUUUGGAGAGAGGCAAAAGAGGAAUGUAUAACUGAGAAUGAAUUGCUAAAAGUAUUUGCUACGCUUGCAGCAAGCUAUGAAGAGUACCCAAAGAUCCCUGAGGAAUUAUUUUCCCAAUUACUCAAGACUGCAUUUACUAAUGAAGGUGUGAAAUAUCAGUUGACCAUAGAGCAAGAGAGAGUUGUUCUGAAUCAACUUGCCAGAUCUGCGGUCUUCAAUAAGUUAAAUGAAAAAAAUUUUGUUGCUCUCUUCCAAUAUUGGACAAGAAAGUGUGUCUCGCCACUGAAGGCACUGAUCAUUGUAGACGUACAAAACGACUUUAUCAGUGGUUCACUAAGACUGGACUGUUGUCCUGCUAAAGAGAAUGCAGAAGAAGUUGUCCCCGCCAUUAAUAAAUUAAUUCAAGAUGGAUCAUUCGAUGUUCUAGCGUACACAUACGACUGGCAUCCUGCAGAUCACUGCUCGUACCUCUCAAACAUAAAAAAUCAUUCAGAAUCGGUGCAUCCAUCGGAAAAAAUCGAAGAGCUAAAAUUGUUUGAUGUCGUGUCCUUAAUCAGACCUGUUGAAUUAAAACAAGUCAUGUGGCCAGAUCAUUGUGUGCAAAAUAGCUGGGGUGCUGAAUUGCAUAAAGAUCUGAGAAAACCAGAUGUUGACAAGGACAUCGUGGUGUAUAAAGGGCAGCAUUCACAUGUCGAUAGUUAUUCAGCCUUCUUUGAUAAUGGUAAAUGCCAUCAAACCGACUUAUUUCUCAAGUUGUUGAAACGAGGCGUUACAGAUGUGUACAUGGUCGGUUUGGCCUUUGAUGUCUGUGUUGCGUAUUCUGCAAUCGACGCAGCUCAUCUGGGUUUUAACACCAUCGUUGUUGACGAUGCUUGUAGAGGAGUUGAUUUGAAAUCCAAGGAAGAGAUGAAAAGAAAAUUUGCUGACAGCGGCAUUGAAAUAUUGCUGUGUUCAAAUAUCCAUGAUUAACAAUUCAAGAACGAUUUAAGAUGACUUUACGCCUGGUUCACACAGACCUGUGCCACGAACCAGUAGCUUUAGUGCUAGGUUGCUUUAGUGCUAGGUUGCUUUAGUGCUAGGUUGCUUUAGUGCUAGGUUGCUUUAGUGUUAGCUUUAGGUACAGUGUGACUUAUUCAAACAAGAAUACACUAAAAGGGACUAUAACUACAUGUAAUAGUAAUAAUGCACAUUAAUUGAUGGAUCUAUAAACGCAGAAACUAUUCAUAUAAAUGAAGUAACUAUAUAAGGACUUGUAUGUUUUUGAAACUAGGUAGAAUACGCGAAGAAAAACUGUCAGUAUUGAUCCACCCUAUCCCCUGUAUUCAAAAAGCUCACUCAAAUUCACACUCUCUGAGCCUGACAUAGAAUUACUGAUCAGAGAGAAAGUUUUUUCUUAAUCAGUGAGAAGAUUUAAGAUAAAACAUUAAAAAACAAGCUGUUGUUUGACUGAAAAUACCGCUAUGGAAAAGAUAUGAGAAGAUUGAGAUCUCCUACUUAAUGAGUUUGAGUAUGAGUGAGCUUUUGAAAUACAGGCCUAUCUACACCCUGUCAGCCGAAGUUUAUACUUCGGCAACAUGCGUGCUUGUACGUGAAGAAUAAUGCUCUAGCAUAGUUGCCAGAAAAAACUAUGGUGAAAUAAACUUAGUUUAAAAAAUA